CUGCUGAACGAAGGGGAGAACAUGGAAUCCAGAGAAAUCUCCAAUACUCAGCCAACAUCCUCUCCUACACCUAGCAGACAAAUGCAGAAAAGUACAGGCAAGAAAACUCACCACUGUUCAGACUGUGGGAAAAGUUUUACUCAACAGGGUACUCUCAAAACACACCAACGGGUUCACACUGGAGAGAAACCGUAUCAGUGUUCACACUGUGGGAGGAGUUUCAACAACCUGAGUAAUUUUCAGACUCACCAGCGCAUUCACACUGAAGUGAAACCAUAUCAGUGUUCAGACUGUGGGAAACAUUUCAACAGUCUGAGUAAUUUUCGGACACACAAGCGCAUUCACACUCGAGAAAAAACGUAUCAAUGCUCAGAAUGUGGGAAGAGUUUUAGUCAGCAGAGUCAGCUCCAAAUACAUCAGUGCAUUCAGACUGGAGAAAAACUUUUUCACUGUUCAGACUGUGGGAAGGGUUUUAAGCGGACGAAUACUCUAGAGCGAAACCAGUGUGGGGAAAGUUUUAAUCAGCGUAGUCAUCUCAAAGCACACCAGCGCAUUCACACCGGAUUAAAACCAUAUCAGUGUUCAGACUGUGGAAAGAGUUUUAUUUCACAGAGUAAGCUCAAAAUACAUCAGCGCACUCACACAGGAGUGAAACCGUAUCCGUGUUCAGACUGUGGAAAGAGUUUUAUUUCACAGAGUAAGCUCAAAAUACAUCAGCGCACUCACACAGGAGUGAAACCGUAUCAGUGUUCAGACUGUGGGAAGAGUUUUUAUACACAGUGUAAGCUCAAAACACAUCAGCGCAUUCACACUGGAGUGAAACCGUAUCAGUGUUCAGACUGUGGGAAGAGUUUUACUCAACAGAAUAAUCUCAAAGCACACCAGCGCAUUCACACUGGAGUUAAACCAUAUAAUUGUUCAGUGUGUGAUAAGACUCUUAGUAGCCAGAGUAAGCUCAUGAUACACGAGCGCAUUCACACUGGUGAGAAACCGUAUCUCUGUGCAGAGUGUGGCAAGAGUUUUGCUCAACAGAGUACUUUCCAAGAUCACCAGCGCAUUCACACUGGAGAGAAACCGUAUCAAUGUUCAGACUGUGGAAGGAGUUUUACUACACAGUGUAAUCUCAAAACACAUCAGAGUGUUCACACAGGAGUGAAGCGUUAUCACUGUUCAGAUUGUGGGAAGAGUUUUAAUCAACAGAGUCGUCUUUAUAAACACCAUCUUAUUCACACUGGAUUAUAACUAGAUUACUGUUCGGAGAGAGAAAAGCUUCAGGCAUUAAAAUACAUAGACAACUAAAGUCAUGCAUCACUCUGCAGUCCUUGUUAUGCCCAUAUUUGAUAUUCCACAUCUAAGCUGAACUUUUCAAUGGUCUUUUAAAAUAUGCAACCAUUCUAUCCUCCUAGCAUUCUGAUUGUGCUGCUGUCCCUUUCUUGCAUGUAGUAAUAUUCUCAUUACGACUCUAAAACAGCCUCGAAAUACAAAGGAAUUUAUGAUAUUCCAGAGACAAAUGUACACAAAAUUAAACACACAGCUCUGAAAAAAAUACAAGGCCACAUAAAAAUGAUGUUUCUUGGAUUUUACCAAAUUGAAAACCUCUGGGAUAUAAUCAAGAGGACCAUCAAACCAAGCUUAACUGCUUGACUAUUUGCACCAGGAGUGAAGCAAAAUAAAGUUAUCCAAAAGCAGUGUGUAAGACUGGUGGAGGAGGAGAACAUGAUGCCAAGAUGCAUGAAAAAUGUGAUUUAAAAAACACAAUUAUUCCACCAAAUAUUGAUUAUUUCUGAACUGUUAAAACUUUAUGAAUAUGAACUUGUUUUCUUUGCAUUAUUUGAGGUCUGAAAGCUCUGCAUCUUUUUUGUUAUUUCAGUCAUUUCUCAUUUUCUGUAAAUAAAUGCUCUAAAUGAGAAUAUUUUAUUUGUAUUUUGGGAGAAAUGUUGUCUGUAGUUUAUAGAAUAAAACAACAAUGUUCAUUUUACUCAAACAUAAACCUAUAAAUAGCAAAAUCAGAGAACCUUUUUUGUCCAGAGCUGUAUAAAGUUCUAAACACAUCUCUUGUCCACAAAAUGGGAUAGAGGUCUUUUUUUUUUUUAACUUCAUUCUGGCCAUUGAAAAAAUGUGUUUAUAUCUGCAAUAUCCCGAAUACUGGCAUAUAUAGCUUGGCACUAACUACAAAAUAAGAAUCUCUGUUGUUGAGAUGCAAGUGUACUAAGACCAGUCAAGGAAAUAUAAAUUUACAAAUCUAAAACCAUUAUGAUUUUUUUUUAAAGUCACACUAUGCAACAUUGUUCAGAUAAUCAAUGUGUUUCAUACUGUUUCAGAUUUUAUUUUUUAAAUGAAGGUUCUUUGGGUUGCCAUUGUGGUCUCCGAGUUCUCCGAGUUAAGAAAGCUAAAAGAAAAAAGAAGGCUGUUGUGAUUUUAAGUAACAUUGGAAUGAUUUGUUCUUUCGCUAUGGUAGUCACUGUUUGUAAAGGUGUUUAUUUGACUAUUUUUAUGGAUUUUGCCUGUUGCUGAACAGCUAAGUGGCUACUGGGAAUAUUCAUGUGGGGUGUGUGUACAGUUAGUUAGCUAGCUCACUCGCCUUUACUUAAUUUGCUAUCUGGCAAACUUGCUUCAUUCAAGUGCAGUUUAGUACAGAUAUGUGUAUUUACUUAACUAAAUAGCUCAUUAUGGGGCCAAAUUUGGUUUAAAGUGCGUUUUACAAUGCGCUGCGUGAAUCAGAAACUGGUUGCGUUUGCUAGUCGCCAUAAAGCCAAGGAUUGAAUAGUGUGCCUUAAAGAAAAAAAAGUGAUAAAUAUCACUUUUUUACUACAAAUAGUUAAUUUUUGCCUAAGUGAAACAGUCAUAAUCAUUUUCACUUUGUUAAUUAAAGAAUCUAAUGGUUAUAGAGGUAAAAUUAUAUAUAUUGCAUGUUUAUCCAUGGUGUCAAAGUAAUUAUGUGUAUUGUAUAUGUACCAAUUAAGAUUGUUUGUUUGUUUGUUUGUUUGUUUUAUUAUUUUGAUAUUAUGGCAAGUUGGAAAUUGUCACAUGAUUCUGUCAGGGGAUUUUAACCAUGUAAUGGAUGCUGUUACAUCACAAUAAAAAGUAUGAUUGUUGCAGAA